AUGAAGAAAUUGAGGUCAAGUGAUGAUCUCGACUCAUAUGGGGAGAAGGGCGUUAUUAAAGAUUGGGGAAGAAGGGAGGAGGAUCUGGGUUUCAACCGAUCAUCUUCAUCACACAGGAGCUCUUAUUACAAGUCUUCUGAGAGUGGGAGAAAGGGUUUGUCUUCAUCAUCUUCUAGGUAUGAUCGGUUAGAAGAUGAUCGGGACAGUUCAAGAUCGGUUAGAAAGUGGUCAAAUUAUGACAUGGAUGGUUAUGAUAGAAGGAAGAGCUAUGAUCGGCAUAGAGAGGGGAAUGAGAGAGGGAUUUUGAGUUCUUCGCCUCGCGUUGGGUAUGGCAUGGAUCGGAUUCAUCGAUCUGAGAGCUUUUCAGGACCUCGGAGGGAGUUUCCAAAAGGGUUUAGGUCAGAGAGUAAAAGGUCAAGGAGGGAGGGGAGUGUUUCAUCAUGGCGAAAGUUUAGUGGGGAGAAAGAUGGAGAUGAUGGAAACAGAGGUAGUGGUAGUGAGUUAGCUAGAGGAAAUAGAGUGGAGUUGGAGGAUUUUGGUAAGGUGAAAUCCCCCAAGGGACCGAGAGAUGUAAAGUCUCCUGCUUGGUCGAAGGAUUCUGUCAGUGAUCAGUCAAAGAGUUUUGAAGUAAAAAGAAGUGAGUGUUUGCCCGUGGAUAGUGGCGCCCCUAGCAGUGAAAGGGAAGAGGGGGAGCUGGAACUAGACCCUGAACCCGUGCUUUUUCCUAAGCAAGCUGCUGGCAAAUUGAAAUCCUCUCAGAUGGAGCUCCUUCAUGAACAUUACAAUCAGAAUAAAGUUUUGCAGCAAAAAGAAAAUUCCUCACCUUUAGAAAUGGAAGAUACGAGUAAAGUGGGUAGUCAUGAGGAGCCAGCAGAAGUUGAAACAUUGAAAGAUGUUCAAGACAUAACAAAUAUAGUUAACGAGUCGCCAGAUGGUAAGAAUAGUUCACUCCUGGGGAUAAGCGGAAGUGCAGACAAAAAUGAGGCCACAGGAGAUAAUAGUAGAGGUGAUGAUGAAGAGGAGUCUAGAAGAGGAAGCCAUGGUAAAGAGGAUGCAGACACUACAUUUGCUGAAAAGCCAAAAACUGUACAAAAGGAACAAGGGGAAGAUAAAGGUACUGAUCUUGAAGAUAAGGCUGCUAGUGCUGAUAUGUCAAAAUUAAGCAGGGCGUUUGCUGAAGAAAUUGAAGUGCCCUUGAAAGAGGAAACAGCCCAAAAUUUGAAGGAUAAGGGCAAAAAUAUUGCUGUCUCGCCCUCAAACAGCACCCACAUAUUGGAAACCGGUUUGGAGGUUGAAAACAAAUCAAGGGGCCUCAUAACAUUCAAAGACACUGGUUUUGAAGGACUGAGUACCAGAGGAUUUGAAUUUUUCUCCAAUGAUCCAGUUAAGAAGCAAGAGAAAGUCAAGCAAGCACCUCAGAACACGCAUAAAGAUGAAAAACUUGCUCUUGACCUUUCUCUUAGCUUGCCAAAUGUUUUAUUGCCUAUCGGUGCUCAAAAUAGAGGCCAGGAUCCUGGUUCUCCUAGUCAUGCAAGGAGUGCUCAAUCCUUUCCUAGCACAUUUCACACAAAUUCUGAUGGAUUUACUGCAUCAAUGUCUUUUUCGGGAUCUCAGCAGUUCACUCACAACCCUAGCUGUUCACUGACUUACGAUGCAUAUGAUUAUGAGAAAUCUGUUGGUAGUCGGCCCAUAUUCCAGGGAGUGGAUUGGAAAGCUCUGUCUUCAGAUGACCUUAAGAACAAAGAAAUUCCAAUCUAUGAAGGCACUUCUAUUGGAAAUAGCCUGCAUCAUCAGUCUCAAGCAUCUCAAGGAAAUUCAAGUGGACAACCUGUGUUACAACAUCUAAGAGUUGUAGAGGGAAGUUCAAAACCCAUUGGCCUAGAUAGUCAAUUCAGUGUUAAUAAACAUUUACGUGGAGCACAAUCUCAGCAACUAAAUGACAUUAGAUCUCCUUCACGGAGUAUUGGAUCUCAUGGAAGUAGACCUGGACAUAGCAAAGACAGGAGACCAGUGAUGAAAGAUACAGAUAAUGCUAGUUUACAUUGGAUCAGUAAUCCAGAGGGAAAAGAGCAAGCACUGGUGGUUGGAGCUGACUUUGCUGAGUCGAUAGUUACUAUGAUGGUCGCUGAGCCACUUCAUAUGAUGGCCCAGAAGUUUAACGAUAUGACCAAACAACACGUGACAUGUGUGAAGGAGUUUGUUCGUGAAAUCAUAUUAAAUCCAGGUAAGCAGUGGCAGUUGAGUGCUUUGCGGAAAGCACUGAGAAACAGACAAGAUAUUACCCUGGACAUGCUAGUGAAGUUGCCAGUUAGUCAAUUGGAGAUCUUGGUGGCUCUAAAAACCGGUCUGCAGGAAUUUCUUCAGCAAAAUUUCAAUGUAGAAUCUUCUGAUUUGGCAGAGAUAUUUCUAAAUUUAAGAUGUAGGAAUCUUACUUGCCGGAGUCUUGUGCCUGUGGAUGAAUGUGAUUGCAAAAUAUGCACACAAAAGAAUGGUUUUUGCAGAGAGUGCAUGUGCCUCGUGUGUUCAAAGUUUGACAUGGCAUCAAACACAUGCAGUUGGGUUGGAUGUGAUGUAUGUCUACAUUGGUGUCACGCCGAUUGUGGAUUACGGGAAUCCUAUAUUAGAAAUGGGCGUAGUGCAUCGGGUGCUCAAGGCACUACAGAAAUGCAAUUUCACUGUGUUGCCUGUGAUCAUCCUUCUGAGAUGUUUGGCUUUGUGAAGGAAGUUUUCCAGAACUAUGUCAAAGAAUGGACAGCAGAAACACUUUCCAGAGAACUUGAAUAUGUGAGAAGAAUAUUCUCUGCAAGUGAGGAUUCGAGAGGGAAGCAACUGCAUGAGAUUGCCAGUCAGAUGCUGUCUAAAUUGGCAAAUGGAGCCUACCUUCAAGAGGUGCGGAAUCAUAUUCUGGGUUUCCUUAAUGAAUCUGAUUUAUUCAAGCCUGGCUUCGUUUCCACUGAAUCCAGGAAAGAUUUGUCAACAAAAAAUAAAGAAGACAGUAAUGGUAUUGCCGGGGCUGGCCAAGGACUCACGUGGCUAAAAUCUGUUUCUUCAGAAAAGGCUCCUCGUUUGGAAAAAUCUGUUAGUUUACUUUCCAGUUUUGAUGGCAAUAGGGAUGAUAAAUACAAAAUGAACAUGGAUUUACGAACUGAGAAAGAAUCCAUUUAUGAUGAAUUGGAGAGCAUUGUGAGAAUUAAGCAGGCAGAAGCUAAGAUGUUUCAAGCACGUGCUGAUGAUGCAAGAAGAGAGGCUGAAGCUCUAAAGCGCAUUGCAGUAACAAAGAAUGGAAGGAUUGAAGAAGAAUAUACAACCCGAAUUGCAAAACUGCGAUUGACCGAGGCGGAUGAGAUGCAUAAACAGAAAUUGGAAGAGCUCCAGCGUCUUGAAAGAGCAUAUCAGGAAUACUUCAAUAUGAAAAUGAGGAUGGAAACGGAUAUCAAAGACCUUUUACUGAAAAUGGAAGCUACACGAAGGAAUCUCAAGAUGUGA